GAAGCGCAGGCGAGAUUUCUGUCGGCGUAAUAAAAUAGGUCCUCCGGCUGAGAUCUUCCCCUUUAAAGAAGCGCAGUGAUGAUGAGUCGCGGGGGUAGCAGGCAGAGGAUGUGUGCUCAUCGCAGGCUAUUUCUGUGUCACAAUUUCUUUUUUUUUUUUGUGUGUGUGUGUGGCCAGUUUCAUCUGAUGAAAUGAUGAGGAAGCUGCCGUUAAUCGGGUGUGCUGGUGGUGUCACAGAUGGAGCUCUUUCAUUUUGGCUCAUGUGAAGCUGGAAUCUGAAAUAGCUGAAAUUCAAGGACGCGCUCUUCAUCCUUUUUUUUUUUUGUUCACCGCCUAAUGAUUUGUGUUGAAAGACUGGAUUACAUAAAGACAGAUGUAAAGAUCCCAGCUGUGAAUAAAAGAAGGCAACAUGAUGCCACAUGCUGCGUUUCAUCAUUUUCUUUUUUUGGGUUAUUUGCAACGCAUGGCGUAGGUUUGCUGUAAGGAUGUGAUCAGACAGGAAUCCUGCUUUUCUCGCACCGCUGCCUCCAAUCAGUGUCGCUCAUGAUGCCCAGAGCUUUGCGGAGACUGGUCCAUUUGGUGCUGUUCUGCCCUCUGUCCAAAGGUCUGCAGAGCCGCCUCCCAGCCAUUAAGGUGAAGUACCUUCUCCUGGCAUGGCUGGGCAUCCUCAUCGCCAGCUGGGUCAUCUACAUGCAGUACGCCUCUUACUCCGAACUGUGCCGUGGGCAUGUCUGCCAUAUGGUCAUUUGCGAUCAUUAUAGAAGGGGAAUAAUAUCAGGCUCGUCCUGCAAGGCAUUAUGUGAUCAGAAGACUCUAACCCUGCAGCGCUGCAUGUCCACCUCCUCCACACAUCAGGUGUACAGUGGACUGUGGAAGGAGAGACCUGUUGUGAUCAAAUGUGGUAUUGAGGAUCCAGUGAAGAUUGAUGGGUCUCCAGACUCUGUACUGCGACAGGAGAUGAGCUUAUUUGACAAACCCACACGUGGAACAUCUAUGGAUGAAUUUAAAGAGAUGCUACACAGUUUCCUCAAGGCUAACCUUGGUGAGCAGCCAUCUUUGACCACCUUGGUGGAUCGGGUCAUUACACUAGCUGAUGUCAACCAGGAUGGCAAAGUGUCUCUAGCAGAGGCCAAGUCGAUCUGGGCUCUUCUCCAGAUCAAUGAGUUCCUCUUGAUGGUGGCGCUGCAGGAGAAGGAACACACACCCAAGCUGCUAGGCUUCUGUGGAGACUUGUAUGUGACAGAACGUGUGGGCCACAGCUCCCUCUACAGGCUAGAGGUGCCUCAUUACCUCCAGGCUCUGGUCCCAGAGGCCUUAAGCUCCAGCCUGAAUCACUGGCUCGCACCAGCCUGGCCCCGCAGGGCUCGCAUCACCAUCGGCCUGCUGGAGUUUGUGGAAGAGGUCUUCCAUGGUUCCUACGGGAGUUUCCUAAUAUGUGAUGCCAGUCCUCGUCAUGUGGGCUACAAUGCAAGGUAUGACUGCAAGAUGGCCAACCUGCGCAGUGUAGCAUCUGAGGCUGUUGUGCGGGGAUUUCUGAGGGGGAGACGAUGCGAGACUAACGCAGACUGUACUUACGGCCGGGACUGCACGGCCACCUGUGAUCGACUUGUGAAGCAGUGUAAUACUGAGGUCGUACAGCCCAAUCUCGCAAAGGUGUGUGUGCUGUUGCAGGAUUUUCUGCUUUUUGGAGCCCCCUCAGACCUCCGUGGAGAUCUAGAAAAGCAGCUACGCACUUGUGUGACACUCAGCGGUCUGGCAAGCCAGAUGGAAGUGCAUCACUCACUAGUCCUUAACAACCUAAAGACAUUGUUGUGGAAGAAAAUCUCUAACACUCAGUACUCUUAAAACAGGUUGAGAUGAGCGAAUUAUUCCACGAUGACGAGUAGUUUUUGUUUCUGAAACUUUGCCAAAUGUUUUAGAGGUUGGUGGUUAUUAAUGUAUUUUCACUCUACAUUGACUGUGAAUAACAGGAAACUGUGAAUUAAUGAAUAUACACAAUGAAACAGCAGAUGAUGCAGACGCUCUUAAAACCUCAUACAAACCCCAUCGUGCUUUUGUUUUUCCAAUGCAUUAUUUUGAGAAGCACAUUCAUCUGUUAGACGUAAUAUUCUCAGGGCACUGCCUAUAACUUUGUUUGUAAAAUAAUCUGUGAGUAAAUAAUUAGUUUUUAAAAUAGUUUCAUAGAAUAAUCUUUUGUUUGUCCCUAGUAGAGACAGGAAGUCAAGUUGUGACACGGUGUGAUAGAUUUUGUACAACUGUAAAUAUUAGUGGAACAUUGUUGUUUCCUGUGUAUAAAUGAAUCUCUAUCUGAAGCAAAGAUAAGAUACAAAUAAUGGAUGACAAACUGUAUGUACAGUAGCACUGAAAUGUCCCCCCUGGUAUUGAUAUGAUAAUGUAAUGAAAUCGAUCUGAACAGACUGGAGUUGUAAAGGACAAUCAGACACGAUUAAACUUGAAUGAACUUCUAAAUCAUGAAUAAGUCGGUUCAGACAGUUGAUUUUCAACGCAUUGCAUAAUUUUCGUUAUGCUAACUUGUGCUUCCUCUUCUCCUGUGACUCGACAACUGCCAUCAUGGAGGAUCUUCUGGAAGAGCUUAGAGUGAGGAAACAUGUUUUCUACAAAGUGUCGUGAUGUAUAAAUGCUGCACCUCCACAUUUGGCUUUGUAGUGUCAUUUGUAGAGAUUUACAGAUAAUAUAAGAGAAUAUAUUUACAUGUUGCUCAUAAGCUCACAUAGCAUUUUACUAUAAAGACAAAUGUGUCAGUAGAGCAAAUUCAUGGUAUGGCUGAAAUGUUCUUGCACCA